UGAGGUGGUUCUUUAGGAAUAAUAGCUCCUAGCCAAAUCGAGUGUGCGUGCGCGGGUGUGCAGCGUUGCAGAAGAAAGCCGAGAACGGGAAACAGCUGAGAAGGGGCAUCUUCCCCCCUUCCCCUGUGCCUUGCUUUCCUCAAAGUAGUGCAUUGUCUGAUCUCGAGCAAAUCUUUCCUGCGCCAGCAAGCUGAGUCAUCAUGUCUGCUCUGACGCCUCAAAGCGAUACGCCAACUCCCACCACAGACAAGAUCACACAGGCUGCCAUGGAAACCAUCUAUCUUUGCAAAUUCCGAGUGUCCAUGGAUGGAGAAUGGCUGUGUUUGAGAGAGCUGGAUGACAUCUCUCUCACACCUGAUCCCGAACCUAGCCAAGAAGACUCUUGGGAGGAUUUGACAGAUUUGGUGGAGCAAUUGCGCGAUGAUACAGAAGAUCCCAACUAUCUCAUGGCUAAUGAACGCAUGAAUCUGAUGAAUAUGGCGAAACUAAGCAUAAAGGGCUUGAUCGAAUCCGCUCUUAAUCUUGGGAGAACCUUGGACUCUGACUAUGCACCUCUUCAGCAGUUCUUUGUAGUGAUGGAGCACUGCCUUAAACAUGGCUUAAAAGCCAAGAAGACCUUUCUGGGCCAAAACAAGUCAUUUUGGGGGCCUCUGGAAUUGGUAGAGAAGUUUGUCCCUGAAGCUGGAGAAAUCACAGCAAGUGUUAAAGAUCUGCCAGGGCUGAAGACCCCCGUGGGGAGAGGGAGAGCCUGGCUUCGUCUGGCGCUAAUGCAGAAGAAACUUUCAGAGUACAUGAAAGCUUUGAUAAACAGAAGGGAAAUUCUCAGUGAAUUUUAUGAACCAAAUGCCCUAAUGAUGGAGGAAGAAGGUGCUAUAAUUGCUGGACUUUUAGUGGGCCUAAAUGUCAUUGAUGCAAAUUUUUGCAUGAAGGGUGAAGACUUGGAUUCUCAGGUUGGAGUUAUUGAUUUUUCAAUGUACUUGAAGGAUGGCAAUAGCAGUAAAGGCAGUGAAGGUGAUGGUCAAAUUACUGCAAUUCUGGACCAGAAAAAUUAUGUAGAAGAGCUCAAUAGACAUUUAAGUGCUACAGUCAACAACCUGCAGGCAAAGGUUGAUGCUUUGGAAAAAUCCAACACUAAACUUACUGAGGAGCUUGCUGUUGCAAACAACAGAAUUAUAACACUGCAAGAAGAAAUGGAGCGAGUCAAGGAGGAGAGUUCAUAUAUUUUGGAAUCCAACCGAAAGGUAAAUAAGCAGGAUCGAACUGCAGACGGACAUGCCCUUACUGAAGCGAGGAAACAAUUAAAAGAGGAAACACAAUUAAGACUGGAUGUGGAAAAAGAACUUGAAAUGCAGAUUGGAAUGAGACAGGAGAUGGAGCUGGCUAUGAAGAUGCUGGAAAAAGAUGUUUGCGAGAAGCAAGAUGCACUUGUGGUGCUCAGACAGCAACUGGAUGAUCUCAGGGCCCUAAAACUUGAACUUUCUUUCAAGCUGCAGAGUUCAGACCUGGGAAUGAAACAGAAGAGUGAAUUGAAUAGCCGCUUGGAGGAGAAGACCAGUCAAAUGGCUGCCACAAUUAAACUGCUUGAACAGAGCGAAAAGGAUUUGGUGAAACAGGCAAAAACCUUAAAUAGCGCAGCAAACAAAUUAAUUCAGAAGCCCCACUAGACAUUUUAAUUUUUGCAGCUGGUCACAUCACAACUCUGACAUCUCAGCUCCGUUACGAGUGAAGAGCAAAAUGAAAUUGAGAAUUUAGAUGUCAGAAUUACAUGUUGUCACCUAAAGUUGACGUGGAAUUUGGUGGGAAUUUUUUAAAAAAGGUUUUACUUGGAAAUAGAAAAAUUAACUUCUAGCUUUCCUUUCCCCAAUUAAUGCUUAAACUUUAUUAAACUACAAGCAAUUUGAUCAGUGAAUACUCCAGAAAGAAAAUAGAUAAAACAAGAUUUGUGGCCAUGUACAUGCAAUUGUAUACUGCACAUUUUUUCUUAGUCUUUACAACAUAAUAGAAAAUUGUAGCAAUGUCCCUGCCUCGCCCCAAAUGUUUCAAAGAAAGCAGAUAGUUCUCUGUUUCCCUGUUGUGAAGCAGAUGGAAGAAAUAGAGAGAGAAAAGUUGGGAGCCUGCAGGAAACCAUGAUUUUGUAGAUUUUGUGUUUCCACUUGAUCAUAAGCAGGAGAGACACACAUCAUGGUUAGAACUUGCUUUUAGGAGCGUUUGGCCAUUAUUAACCAAAGGCUUGUCUGCACUGAACACUUUUCCACCUGAGCCUUGCUCAGAGUUUUUUGUAAAUUGAAAGUGCAUCUGAGAUGUGAGGGCUGCACAGCAAUCUUCUAAGGGAUAUUCCCGUUCCCAGAUGCUGUUCUUAAAAUCACCCCAAUUGAAGCAGGAUGAGAACUUGUCUCUCGCUUGAGAGAGCAGAGCAAACUACACUUCUGUCUGGACUCACUCUGCUCCUUGCAUUUUUCACUCUCUUCAGCUUGCAGUUGAGAACAAUUGCAUUGUUCCACUCUAUUUUCCGAGAAUUUCCUUUUAAGGCUACCUGCCAAUUCAUCUGAUGAACGACCCCUUUGUUUGACAUAGCUGCCAGUGGAUGGGUAUUAAGGAAUACCCAUCAGAAGAACCCAGAGUUAAGACAAUGCAAAUCAUGCAAAUUCUCAUUGCUCAACGUUGUGACAGGAAUUUUGCAGGACAAGGACAAGCUAAGAUAAUAAGCCAGCGCAGGCCACUUUCAUAAUGGGGGAAAUAAUUUAUUCAUCCCCUUUAGGUUACAUGGAUGCAGAAUCUAGCUGUUAGCUAUUUUUUAAUUGGUAAACCCUUCUUUCCCUUUGCAUUGCCUUCUACCUCUGCCUUUUCUCCCUAAAAGAUAGUGAUUCUCAUUUCCUGAUGGACUUUUAUGAUACGUGCGUGUUCCCUUCCCUUCCUCUUUUAGGAAAGACUGAAUAAUUGUUUCUUUCAUGUAUAAAAGGGAUAAACAGAAACUGGUAGUGUUUUAAUGCUGAUGACUCCUUGACUAAGAACAACUACAGCAUACAAUAAUUUGGCCAUUGUUUAAAGCUGCCUUUUGCCGCGGUUAACAUUUGAUUCUGAGUGAUCUGUAUCAAACAAGGGAUUUGCUAGGAGUUGUACUGAAAGAUCAUCUAAGCCUUAGAAAGUUUAGUAAGACACCAUGCUGCAACUCAACAAUGUGUUUUUUCUUUUCCUAUUUCUGAUGAAAUCAAAGGUGGUUCUAAGAUGUCACAGUGCUAGAUCUUAAAGAGAUCUCAGUGUAUAGAUAAUUAUCAACAUUUCUCAGACUAUCCAAACUAUUUUUUUCUAUCUUAAAUAGUCUGUUCUUCUUCAACCAAGUACCCCCCAGAUGUGUGGGGCUACAUUUUCCAGCAUUCCUAGGCAGUACGGCUUUGGACUAUAUUGAUCGAGGAUCUGGGGAAGUGUAAACCUAGGAUAUGUCCAUGUGUGAUGGGUGUGUGUGAGAGAGAUUAAAAAAUUGUGUUCCUUUUAGUUCCCAAUAGGAUUGAAAUAGUUUCAUCCUAUAUAAAUCACCUUUACUGUGUCCAGGCAAAAUGGGGAAAUGGGAAAAAAGAUGGGAAUAAAAAAUAAUAGCCUGAUUUUAAAAUCUAUAUGGCUGUAAAAUCUCAUUCACUUCAUAGCUUAUAAAUCUGUCUGACAACACCAGUCAGAUUUACUUAUUUAUUUAUUUUCCUGAACCUUGAAAAAUGGCAUUUUGGGAUGGCACGUUUAAUUCCUAUCCAAAAGUUUUAGUAUUUUCAUUACAAUAUCUAAAUGGCAUAUAGUUAAUGUUGUGAGAAUGCCCUAGAAUUACAAUCUGAGUUUUCAAAAAACCCACACUCCUCAUGUACAUUUUGAGGAAUCACCCUCAACAUUUUGGGAGAGAGGGGAAUUGUCCCUUUCCCAAAUAGGGUAGGUGAAGUUCCUUUGGGUCAAACUCAACUCUGGUUGACUUCAUGGUCAUGACCAUCUGGCUAUUUUGGCAGCAUUGUGGAAGUGUUUCCACUUGUCUUCUUCUGGGGUAUUUAUAGCCUUGAAGUUUACAGCCCUGAUAUUUUCUGGUAGUUUCCCAUCCAUGUUACAACCAGAUCUGACUCUGCUAAGCUUUCCAAGAUUAGCCUAGGUUGGUGCCUAGCCUAUUACUCAAGUAGGCUGCUUUCACAUUUCACAGUCCCAUCUAUUUAAAAUAUCCUUUGAAAUCAUGCUUUGCACCCAGGAAAAAUGUAGUAGUCACCUCUGAGAAAUUAGGUUGUUGCUUGUGGGCUGUCAGGCUUCACCCAAUAGGCAGGACUGAAACCACUUAACUCAUAAAACAUCCAAGAGCUUUGGAUAAGUGAAUUUUAUUGAAGAAAGUUAGAAGCUAUGCUUGCAGAAUUUCAGCAAUUGCUGUGUUGCAAGAACAGGCCUUAGAUAGAGAAACAACAUUCAACUCCUUCUAUAUCUCUUUAUCCUUCCUGCCCUUUUGUGUAGGCCAGUGUUUCUCAA